GGAUUCUCUGAACACCACGGUUGUCUUUUCCUAACUCCUCCUGAGCUCUCCUUCUCAUCUUUCCUUGACCUCAUGACGUUUUCCACUGAGGUCACGGAAAAGUGGUUAGGAAAAGACGUUAGGACGUAAUUGUUUGACUUUUCGAACGCAACCCCGGUCUAAUCUGCCCAAUCCAAAGAAGAAGAAGAAACCGGAAACUGUGCAUCUUCUUCCUGUUUGAUAUCUUUUUUUUUAAAAAAAAAUUGUAUUUCAAAAUUACAGUAUACAUAGUAACAGUAGAUAAACCUGGUCUGCACUCGCUGAAAUUGAGCCAAUUGCAACGCACGACCAAGUUACACUGCGCAUGUGUAAUACCCCAGGAUCCGGGUCCGUCCGUGUCCGCCCGUCUCCCAGCCUCCUUCCGUAGGCUUCUUUGAUAUAAAGCUCCUGAAGGCUCCAGGAGGAGGUCUACCGGUCCGGUCCGGUCGGUGUGUGUGCUGAGAGAUGUUGGUCGCUGCGGGUAGCGGGCUGUUACUGUUCCGGUGUGUUAGACUCCUGUCUGCUCGGUAUACCGUGGCUCCGUCCUCAGUCGGUGGUGUUGGAUACAGAGGGAGACAGAGCAGAGCACGGAGCGGCGCGCAGCACGGUACCGGUACCGGUGCCACAGGGAAGCUGGUGCGGAAUGGGAUGGAUAAGAAAGCAGCGAUCUGCAUUGAGGGGAACAUCGCCAGCGGGAAGACUACAUGUCUGAAGUAUUUCAGCAAAACCAGCAAUAUAGAGGUCCUCACAGAACCGGUAUCUAAAUGGAGAGAUGUCCGUGGACACAACCCUCUGGCUCUGAUGUACCAGGAUCCAGAGCGCUGGGGCAUCACACUGCAGACGUAUGUUCAACUCACCAUGCUGGAUAGACACCUGUCAGCCGUGGCAGCUCCUGUCAGGAUGAUGGAGAGGUCCAUCUUCAGUGCCAAGUACAUCUUUGUGGAGAAUCUCUUCAGAAGCGGUAAAAUGCCAGAGGUGGACUACGCUGUUCUCAGCGAGUGGUUUGACUGGAUCACAACUAACAUUUCCAUUCCUGUAGAUCUGAUCGUCUACCUGCAGACGUCUCCUCAGACCUGCCAUGAGAGGUUGAAGCAGAGAUGCAGAGAGGAGGAGAAGGUCAUUCCAUUGGAGUAUCUGGAGUCCAUCCACCAGCUGUAUGAGGACUGGCUCAUCCAUCAGACCUCCUCCCCUCUUCCUGCUCCGGUUCUGGUGAUCCCUGCUGACCAUGACCUCCAGAAGAUGCUGCACCAGUAUGAAGAAAACCGUGACAAGAUCCUCACAGCUGGCUAUCUCUGAUACACACACACACACACACACACACACACACACACACAGAGAGAGAGAGCUCUAAGAUUUGGAUUUUAAUUUUUAGAAAUUUGACAUCUGGUUUCUCUACACAGGACAUCUUUGUACCCAACUACAGUUCAUAAGGACUAAUGCUCAUAUUGAAUAGCUUCUAAUUACCAGAGAUGUCUAUUAGAAGCCUUCUCACCUGGAGAGAGUGGAAACACUUCAGAAAUAGAACUAUUGGUGCCUUCAGAUGGGGUGGUGUUUACCGUGGUUACAAGUUGGACCCAUAUGAACGCCCUCUCAUGUUGUAUUCACGACCUCGGAGGUGGAAAAUUUCUGAAAUUUCCAGGUUCACGACUUGUGACGUGUUUAUUUAAUGUUGACAGAAAUGGAGGAAGUUAUUUUUUUGGUGCAUAAUAAGUUAAUAUAUUGUAAUUUUAGUCGUAUAUUGUUUUUCUUCGUAAUUUAUAAUAUGUAAGAGGAGAAUAUUGAUAUUCUCAACGGCCUCAUCUUCUUCUUCUGUUAUUAGACCUCUGCAUUUACUGCAUUAUGUUAGCCACUUGCUAGCUUGCUAACUUGUUAGCCUCUGUGGAGUCCAGAUGCCGACAGUAACGUUAAUAUUGGCGUUGCUUAGCAGCGGCGUUCUCACCACUUAACCACUUGAACGCCACGCAUAUCGUGUUACACAACUUCCCAUGUUGUAAAGACGAGCUCACGUGUUUUAACUCCAGACCAGGUCAGAGCUCCUCAAACUGAGGCUGAACUCAUUCAUUCUUCAUGUGUGCACUUAUUUAUUAGUUUGCUUCUUAUUUCCACCGUUUAAUAUGAUGUGAUGAACUUGAAGUUUAUCCUCCGAACUUCCACCGUUGCUGCCAGCCAGUUUAUUGUCUGUGAUGAGUCCGAUCAUCACCAGGGGACCUCCGGUAGGCUACAUACCGGUACGUCAGGAACCACCACCAUUCCACCUGCCUACAGAUAAUACUGAAUAUUCAUAUAAUAUAAUGUGUAUAUGCAUUGUAAAUAUAUGUGUUGGACAUGAUGAAGACCAUGUAGGCUCCUUUUAAUGAAGGAACCUUUGUUCUUUGUUUUACAUAUUUUGACAUAUAAUAAGUAUAUUGUGAUUAUAAUCAUAUUCUGCUCUAUUGUGUUGGUCUGAUGUGUUAGUUGAGGGAGUUGGUAUAAAGGAAUCAAAUAUCA